AUGCGCCGCGCGCCGUGUUUUUUUCUGGUAGGCCGCUAGCUGAGGCGGUUUGUAAGUUUUGGGUCGCAGUAUACUAGAAUUUUGAGGCUCCCUUCCGAUGAAAACUGAGCUGUCCGUGCAGCCAUGGAACCCGGGUUACAGCAGUGAGGGGGCCGCGACUCAAGAAACUUACACAUGUCCAAAAAUGAUUGAGAUAGAGCAGGCGGAGGCCCAGCUUGCUGAGUUAGACCUGCUAGCCAGUAUGUUCCCUGGUGAGAAUGAGCUCAUGGUGAAUGACCAACUGGCUGUAGCAGAGCUGAAAGAUUGUAUUGAAAAGAAGACAAUGGAGGGGCGAUCUUCAAAAGUGUACUUUACUAUCAAUAUGAACCUGGAUGUAUCUGAGGAAGCAAUGGCGAUGUUUUCUCUGGCCUGUAUUUUUCCCUUUAAAUACCCGGCAGUUCUGCCUGAAAUUACUGUCAGAUCAGUAAUAUUGAGUAGAUCCCAGCAGACUCAGCUGAACACAGAUCUGACUGCAUUCCUGCAAAAACAUUGUCAUGGAGAUGUUUGUAUACUGAAUGCCACGGAGUGGGUUAGAGAACACGCGUCUAGCUAUGUCAGCAGAGAUACUUCAUCUUCACCCCCCACAGGAAGCACAGUCCAGUCAGUUGACCUCAUCUUCACGAGACUCUGGAUCUACAGCCAUCAUAUCUACAACAAAUGCAAAAGAAAGAAUAUUCUAGAGUGGGCAAAGGAGCUUUCCCUGUCUGGGUUUAGCAUGCCUGGAAAACCUGGUGUUGUUUGUGUGGAAGGCCCACAAAGUGCCUGUGAAGAAUUCUGGUCAAGACUCAGAAAAUUAAACUGGAAGAGAAUUUUAAUCCGCCAUCGAGAAGACAUUCCUUUUGAUGGUACAAAUGAUGAAAUGGAAAGACAAAGGAAAUUUUCCAUUUUUGAAGAAAAAGUGUUCAGUGUUAAUGGAGCCAGGGGAAACCACAUGGACUUUGGUCAGCUCUAUCAGUUCUUAAAUGCCAAAGGAUGUGGGGAUGUUUUCCAGAUGUUUUUUGGUGUAGAAGGACAAUGACAGUAAGAGUAGUUGAAAGUAUCUUGUCACUGUUGGCCUUCUGAUUUUUUUCCCCCACUUUUUCUCGAAAGAUUAAGUAAUUUUAUUUUAGUUCCAUUCUAGAAUGUUGGGGAGUGGGGGACAAGAAAAAAUAGUAUAGCUGAAAUGCAUCUGUUAAAAAUGUCAUGAUUGAAAGCAGAACUGAGUUUCAAAUUAUAACCUUAAAAUUGUUGUUAAAUACUUCUUCACAUAUCAGUUGCCCAUUUUGAAAAAGAAAUUAUCCACAAAGGUAAUGUUGGUGCUCCAAUUUGCCAGCCAUUCCCAACCCCCUUCUCCCUUACCUGCCUUCACUAAAGAACCCAGAAAAGCUAAUUGCUCCCCUUUCAGCCUCUGUUGCAACUAACAACUCUCAGUGGCCUCAGGACACAGCUUUGGCCUUGGGAAUUCUGGGAAAACUUUGCUUCCUGAUUAAAGAAACAUAUGCAGCUAGGCCACCUCCUCCCCCUCUUACUGCCAUAAACGCCAAAGUGAUGGCUGGAGCUGGAGGAGUUAUUUGAACUACGACAGAAGGAAGGACCAAGAGAACCACGAAGAUGCCAGUUGCCACAUUGUUGAGCUGCUGACCCAACACCAGCCGCUGCCUAUCUCUAGACGUCUUUUUUUUUUUUUUUUUUUUUUUUUUUUGAGACGGAGUCUCGCUCUGUCGCCCGGGCUGGAGUGCAAUGGCCGGAUCUCAGCUCACUGCAAGCUCCGCCUCCCGGGUUCACGCCAUUCUCCUGCCUCAGCCUCCUGAGUAGCUGGGACUACAGGCGCCCGCCACCUCGCCCGGCUAGUUUUUUGUACUUUUUAGUAGAGAGGGGGUUUCACCGUGUUAGCCAGGAUGGUCUCGAUCUCCUGACCUUGUGAUCCGCCCGCCUCAGCCUCCCAAAGUGCUGAGAUUACAGGCUUGAGCCACCGCGCCCGGCCAUUUAUCCAUUCUCAAAAGAACUUUCUCAUCACAAGAUUGGAAAAUCUGUACUUCCCUGGCUUAGUAUGACUUAAUCAUAAACGUCUAAAUUUGACUGAUGUCCCAGGAAAGAAAACUUGUAAAACUACUCUGUUGCAUUCUGUGUUUGUGACAUUUGAGAUCUGCAUAUUAUGCAUAACAAUCUGGUUUUUAAUAUAAUGUACAGAGACGGAACAAGUUUUAGCGGUUUAGCUGCCCCUUUAGCUGCUUAAAGUAAUAUAUGCAUCAUCUGCCCCCUUUGGUGGUAGGAAUGUCAGAUUCCAUUCUCUGUAGGGUAUUUCGUACAAAUCUGUUAGUCACUGGAGGAAUCAGAAACUACACACACAACUGGUCCAUCUGGCUGUCUGGUGGCAGCAGAGGACCUGGGAUUUCCAGGGCAACUGACAGGGCAAUAGAAUGGGCAGCAGGGAGGAAAUCUGGGGAGGUACAUAAGAUUUAGGUCCAAUAGAAGCACUGUGCUUUAAAUACCAUUCUGACCCUCAUUUAUGUUUAAUAACCUUUAUAUUUAAGAUCUAUCCACAUUGCCUUCUUCCAUUUUAUUUCUUCAGAUUUCUACAUUGUAUUACAUAAUAUAUGCUAUCUUUCACUUACUGAUUCAUUUUGUGAUAAGCAUAGUUUGCCUCCAAGUUUUUACUAACUUAAUGCAUUGUCUCUCACCCCAACUCCAUUCCUCAACCAAGUCUGACUGGUCAAGAAAUAUCCAACACCUGGUAUCAACCUGCGUGCUAGCAAAUUAAUAAAUAAUAAAUGCUUUUGGAACCAA